AUGAGAACUGUCGUGCUUUUCGUUGCCGUGUGCGCGCUCCUGGACGCGACUUCUGCGGGAGCCGCGGGCGGAGGCGGAGCGCCACACUACCUGGGAGCUGGAGGAGGCGGCUUCGGCGGUCAAGGCACUGUAUUGGGGCCCGGUCAAGCAGUGAAUCUGGCAGCCGCCUUGGGCGGUGGUUUCAACGGGGGCCUCGGAGGAGCUGGUCUGCUCGGGGCAGGAGGCCAGUACAUAGCGCCGAAUGGACAGGGAGUGUCCGUUCCUGCACCAGUGGCCACACCGAUCGCUUCUGUUACAUUUCUGAAGCAGCCCGUCGUAAACCUGCGGUAUGUGACAAAGCCCGUCAUAAAGUAUGUCAAGCACCCAGUGGCCACAGUCCAUCACGCCAUUAGACCGGUUGUCCGUGUAGGCCAAGCUGCCGGCGGAAUCAGCCUUAACGGGCAUGGCCUGGCUGGCUUCACCUCAGCGCUCGGUGGUGGCGCGGCAGCGCUCAACGGCCUCGGUGGUGCCAAAGGGAAUGUACUGAAGACGCAGACGUACGCCGCUGGUGCCAAUGCGGUGGCUGGGCCAGCUAAUGCUGGUGGUCUUGGGGGGCUUGAAGGUCCCGCACUUUUUGGCCCAGGGCUUCACGGGCGCGCUCUUUUGGGUCCCGGUGUGGGUGGCCCCAUUUUGGGAGGACCUGGGGGACCAGCGCUGGGAGGACCAGGACUUGGAGCCAUAGGCCUGCAUCAUUUGGCCAUGAACAACUUGGGCUUGCAUGGUCUCGGUGGUCUCGGCGGCCACGGACUCGGAGGACCCAUGUUCGCAGGCCUCGGUGGACCUGGACUUGUAGGUAUCGGUGUUCGCCACCCGGCUCUGCUUGGCGUCGGGCUGGGCGGCAUUGGUUACAAAGGUGGCCCCGGGUUUAAGAACGGCCUCGGAAACGCAGGAGGAGGUGACGGCGGCACCACUCUCCUUGGUGCGCUCGGGGCGGACGGUGUAGACGGCGCCGUUGCAGCUAUCAGGACGGCGCACAAUUUAUCUCCAACUGUGGCCGUUAAGUCGGGCGGAAAGCAUUACUAA